AUGACAUUGAAAAAAAAGUUACUUCUUACCGUGUUAUUUAUAAUUUUACAGUUAUUUAUUUUGGCAUUGCCUGCACCCAGUCCUCAAAAAAUCUACGUAAAAGAUGGGGAUCUUAUUGAUUGGACAGUUGCCAGGGAUUAUAGAAGCGUUGAUGGAUGUAAUACUACACGGAGCAUCAUAGUUGUUUACAAUACCUAUGAUAAAAAUUGCAUCUGCGGAAAUUGUACAACACUUGAGCCUAAAGAUUCGUCCUUUCCCGGACCAACCCUUAUAAUGACACCAGGGCAAUAUGUUAGAAUUUUAGUAAGGAAUAACCUUGACGAACCGGUCGCACUCCAUUGGCAUGGACUUCAUAUGAAAAACACCACUUAUUCGGAUGGAAUCACGCCCAUAACUCAAUGUCCAAUUCAAUCUGGUUUAAAUUUCCUAUACGACUUUUAUGCUAAUGAAGAACCUGAGGGACUUUUUGGCUACAUAAUUAUUAAGGAGAAUAAGGAGAAUGAUGAUUAUUAUGAUGUCGAUUUAAUUGAUGAUAAUUGCAUAUAUUGUGUACUCUUAUCAAACUUGUAUCGUUGUUCGACAGGCGAUGAAUUGAACUAUUAUCGUUUCUGUUAUGUUACAACCAGUUUAACUCCUGAACCUAUUCCUAACACCGUACUUAUCAAUGGAAUAGGUGGAAGAAAUGAAGAAAAUGGAGAAAUAUGUACUAACAAACCUGUGGAUAAUAUUAUCGAGAUCGAAGGAAUGCGAGUCAAUACAACUAAUCAAAUCAAACUCUUACCCAUAAAUGUCGCACAAAGAUAUUCUGUGAUAGCCACAACUAAUGAUACGACAACAAACAAUUUUUGGAUGCGUUUCCAAAUUAGCGUAGAUUGUAUUCGACGUAAUACACCUGUCGACCAAAUGAAGUCGCUAAUCAGAGAGAUUAAAGCAAUUGUUCGUUAUGAUAAAUCUGAAGGAAGACCCAAUACUACACCAUGGAUUCAAGAAAUUGAAAAAUUACCCUGUAUAGAUAUUGAUUAUACUUUGUUGUUACCAGCAGAUGUGUCAUCAAAAGCUCCAGAACUAGAAAUAGAUUCCAAAAAAAAUAAAUCAAAAACCUGCCAAGAAUCAACAGAAUGCCAAGAAUACACUUUUGAUGUUUCUAUGACCACAAUUAACUCUACGAAGAAUCUAAAUGAAAAUUAUGCUACAUUCGGCGAAGUAUCUUUAAAAUUGCGUCAAGGUUAUUCAGUUGGGAUAUUUUACGGAACUAUCUUCGGUUACACUGAAAAUACACUUCAUUAUACAAUGGAAAAUCUAGAACUAUUUGAUAUAUACGGUUCUUAUGGUCAAUCCAUUUAUCCUGACCCUUCACUGAACGUUGUAGUUUUAGAUAAAACACCAGACAUUAUUGAAGUGAUAAUAAUAA